AUGCAGAAGGUAGGCACUGAUGUGGAACACUUCUUAUGUUUUAAGAAGACAGUUGCCUCCUUUGUCAUGUGUUACAUUACGUCCAAGGUGGGUGACGAAAACACUGACUGGCUCUAUAGGCAAAGGGAGGGGAAGCCACCUCAUUCAGCUGCCAAAUCAGCUACGACCACAGGGCGUCUUUUUUCCUGUUUGCUAGCAAGAUGACACCAGAAUGAUACACCAUACAGUGGCUUGCGAAAUAUUCACCCCCCUUGGCAUUUUUCCUAUUUUGUUGCCUUACAACCCGGAAUUAAAAUUGAUUUUGGGGGGGGUUGUAUCAUUUGAUUUACACAACAUGCCUAACACUUUGAAGAUGCAAACUAUUUUAUAUGGUGAAACAAACAAGAAAUAAGACAAAAAAACUGAAAACUUGAGUGUGCAUAACUAUUCACCCCCCAAAGUCAAUACUUUGUAGAGCCACCUUUUGCAGCAAUUACAGCUGCAAGUCUCUUGGGGUAUGUCUCUAUAAGCUUGGCACAUCUAGCCACUGGGAUUUUUGCCCAUUCUUCAAGGCAAAACUGCUCCAGUUCCUUCAAGUUGGAUGGGUUCCGCUGGUGUACAGCAAUCUUUAAGUCAUACCACAGAUUCUCAAUUGGAUUGAGGUCUGGGCAGUGACUAGGCCAUUCCAAGACAUUUAAAUGUUUCCCCUUAAACCACCUGAGUUUUGCUUUAGCAGUAUGCUUAGGGUCAUUGUCCUGCUGGAAGGUGAACCUCCGUCCCAGUCUCAAAUCUCUGGAAGACUGAAACAGGUUUCCCUCAAGAAUUUCCCUUUAUUUAGCACCAUCCAUCAUUCCGACCAGUUUCCCAGUCGAUGAAAACAAUCCCCACACCAUGAUGCUGCCAACACCAGGAUGGUGUUUAAAUGUUUUAAAUUUUUAGUAAUUUAGCAGACACUCUUAUCCAGAGUGACUUACAGUUAGUGAGUGCAUACAUUAUUAUUUUUUUUUUUGUUUCAUACUGGGCCCCCGUGGGAAUCGAACCCACAACCCUGGCGUUGCAAGCGCCAUGCUCUACCAACUGAGCUACACGGGGCGAACUGAGCUACACCUCGUGGUGAUGAGAGGUUUUGGGUUUGCGACAGACAUAGCGUUUCCCUUGCUUAUUUUUUUCUUAAGCAAUGGCUUUUUUCUGACCACUCUUCCGUAAAGCCCAGCUCUGUGGAGGGUACGGCUUAAAGUGGUCCUACUGUGGAGCUUUGCAGCUCCUUCAGGGUUAUCUUUGGUCUCUUUGUUGCCUCUCUGAUUAAUGCCCUCCUUGCAUGGGCCGUGAGUUUUGGUGGGCGGCCCUCUCUUGGCAGAUUUGUUGUGGUGCCAUAUUCUUUCCAUUUUUUUAUAAUGUAUUUAAUGGUGCUCCGUGGGAUGAUCAAAGUUUCGGAUAUUUUUUUAUAACACAACCCUGAUCUGUACUUCUCCACAACUUUGUCCCUGACCUGUUUGGAGAGCUCCUUGGUCUUCAUGGUGUCACUUGCUUGGUGGGGCCCCUUGCUUAGUGGUGUUGCAGACUCUGGGGCCUUUCAGAACAGGUGUACAGUGAGGGAAAAAAGUAUUUGAUCCCCUGCUGAUUUUAUAUGUUUGCUAUCUGACAAAGACAUGAUCAGUCUAUAAUUUUAAUGGUAGGUUUAUUUGAACAGUGAGAGACAGAAUAACAACAACAAAAUCCAGAGAAACGCAUGUCAAAAAUGUUAUAAAUUGAUUUGCAUUUUAAUGAGGGAAAUAAGUAUUUGACCCCGCUGCAAAACAUGACUUAGUACUUGGUGGCAAAACCCUUGUUGGCAAUCACAGAGGUCAGAUGUUUCUUGUAGUUGGCCACCAGGUUUGCACACAUCUCAGGAGGGAUUUUGUCCCACUCCUCUUUGCAGAUCUUCUCCAAGUCAUUAAGGUUUCGAGGCUGAUGUUUGGCAACUCAAACCUUCAGCUCCCUCCACAGAUUUUCUAUGGGAUUAAGGUCUGGAGACUGGCUAGGCCACUCCAGGACCUUAAUGUGCUUCUUCUUGAGCCACUCCUUUGUUGCCUUGGCCGUGUGUUUUGGGUCAUUGUCAUGCUGGAAUACCCAUCCACGACCCAUUUUCAAUGCCCUGGCUGAGGGAAGGAGGUUCUCACCCAAGAUUUGACGGUACAUGGCCCCGUCCAUCGUCCCUUUGAUGCGGUGAAGUUGUCCUGUCCCCUUAGCAGAAAAACACCCCCAAAGCAUAAUGUUUCCACCUUCAUUGGCAAACUUCAGACGGGCCUGUAUAUGUGCUUUCUUGAGCAGGGGGACCUUGCGGGCGCUGCAGGAUUUCAGUCCUUCACGGCGUAGUGUGUUACCAAUUGUUUUCUUGGUGACUAUGGUCCCAGCUGCCUUGAGAUCAUUGACAAGAUCCUCCUGUGUAGUUCUGGGCUGAUUCCUCACCGUUCUCAUGAUCAUUGCAACUCCACGAGGUGAGAUCUUGCAUGGAGCUCCAGGCCGAGGGAGAUUGACAGUUCUUUUGUGUUUCUUCCAUUUGCUAAUAAUUGCACCAACUGUUGUCACCUUCUCACCAAGCUGCUUGGCGAUGGUCUUGUAGCCCAUUCCAGCCUUGUGUAGGUCUACAAUCUUGUCCCUGACAUCCUUGGAGAGCUCUUUGGUCUUGGCCAUGGUGGAGAGUUUGGAAUCUGAUUGAUUGAUUGCUUCUGUGGACAGGUGUCUUUUAUACAGGUAACAAACUGAGAUUAGGAGCACUCCCUUUAAGAGUUUGCUCCUAAUCUCAGCUCGUAACCUGUAUAAAAGACACCCGGGAGCCAGAAAUCUUUCUGAUUGAGAGGGGGUCAAAUACUUAUUUACCUCAUUAAAAUGCAAAUCAAUUUAUAACAUUUUUGACAAGCGUUUUUCUGGAUUUUUUUGUUGUUAUUCUGUCUCUCACUGUUCAAAUAAACCUACCAUUAAAAUUAUAGACUGAUCAUUUCUUUGUCAGUGGGCAAACGUACAAAAUCAGCAGGGGAUCAAAUACUUUUUUCCCUCACUGUAUAUAUACUGACAUCAUGUGACAGAUCAUGUGACACUUAGAUUGCACACAGGUGGACUUUAUUUAACUAAUUAUGUGACUUCUGAAGGUAAUUGGUUGCACCCUAUCUUAUUUAGGGGCUUCAUAGCAAAGGGGGUGAAUACAUAUGCACGCACCACUUUUCCGUUAUUUAUUUUUUAGAAUUGUUUUCAUUCCACUUCACCAAUUUGGACUAUUUUGUGUAUGUCCAUUACAUGAAAUCCAAAUAAAAAUCAAUUUAAAUUACAGGUUGUAAUGCAACAAAAUAGGAAAAACGCCAAGGGGGAUUAAUACUUUUGCAAGGCACUGUAUAAACGAAUUCAAACCUAUGCUGACACCACAGACGUGUGUGUCGAAGGCUGCAUCAUUACUGCUAGAACAGCCAGGCCACUCGUUUAUUUAAUUUUUUUGACACCACAGAGGCCACGUUCAAAGUGUAUGAUUGGUCAGAAACAGUAGUCCCAUUUUGCUUGGUCUAUCCUGAGUUUCAUGGUCUGUUGUCUGGAGUUUUAUGGUCUAUUGUCCAGAAUUGCUUGGUUUGUUGUCCUGAGUUUCAUGGCCUGUUGUCCUGAGUUUCAUGGUCUGUUGUCCUAUGUUUCAUGGACUGUUGUCCUAAGUUUCAUGGCCUGUUGUCCUAAGUUUCAUGGCCUGUUGUCCUAAGUUUCAUGGUCUGUUGUCCUGAGUUUCAUGGUCUGUUGUCCUAAGUUUCAUGGCCUGUUGUCUUAAGUUUCAUGGUCUGUUGUCCUGAGUUUCAUGGCCUGUUGUCCUCAGUUUCAUGGCCUGUUGUCCUCAGUUUCAUGGCCUGUUGUCCUGAGUUUCAUGGUCUGUUGUCCUGAGUUUCAUGGUCUGUUGUCCUGAGUUUCAUGGCCUGUUGUCCUGAGUUUCAUGGUCUGUUGUCCUGAGUUUCAUGGCCUGUUGUCCUGAGUUUCAUGGUCUAUUGUCCUGAGUUUCAUGGCCUGUUGUCCUGAGUUUCAUGGCCUGUUGUCCUGAGUUUCAUGGCCUGUUGUCCUCAGUUUCAUGGCCUGUUGUCCUGAGUUUCAUGGUCUUUUGUCCUGUGUUGAAGUAUCAGCUGGACCUUGUGUCUGCUUCAUGCUUACCAGUAUACGGUGUCCAUAUUAGGACAGCCUCAGUCUCAGCACCAGCCACAACUCAGACAAGGGCUCAUUACUAAAGCAAGGACGACACCUGCUGGGAGAGCUAGCGCAGUGUUUCUUGACUUUUGAAGGUACUAGACUGUUGAUAAAAUGACAUGUUAUAUACAAUGUGUAUGCUUUUGUCGAUAAAGUUAUACUGUAUCGCUAUACUCACAAGGAUUUCUGCCCAUAUUACACACUGUAAUAAUGUGUGGGUGAAUUUUUUGUCAAAAAUGCUUUUGACAGACAAAUGAAUCUGUUUCUAGGAAAAGACCACAUUUGACAGCCCUCGAUGCAAUCAAAUUGAAUUAAUGAAUUUGCGUUAGCAGCUAGCCUAUGCGAGUGUACGUGUGCAUGCAUGUGUGAAACUGCAUGAAUCCCUCUACUAUGAAAGAUUACAUAAAAAAGAUUUCAAUAAUAGGAUUUUCUUCACCUGGGGAUUUUAAACUGAAUCGUGUGUUCCUCAUCAAUAUGCAGUUAUAGCUUUUUUCAAACAUUUCAGCAGAAAGGAUGGGCACAUCCUCCAUUUGAACUGCAUUCACCCAACCUUAACAAUGGAAGUAGAGCAGGCUCUUAUUUGUCUCGCCUCAUCUUAAAAAAAUGUUUUAUAAAAUUUGAAUAAGUCUCAUAACUCCUUUCGAGGUAAGAAAACAAUUCAAGCUUUAAAAUCCUUCUUUAACCUGUCUCCUCCACUUCAUCUACACUAAUUGAAGUGGAUUUAACAAGUGACACCAAUAAGGGAUCAUAGCUUUCACCUGGAUUCACCUGGUCAGUCUAUGUCAUGGAAAGAGAUGUUUUGUACACUUAGUGUAUAUAAUUCAUUUAAAAGUCCAAAAAUGGAUGUACAAAUCCUAGAUUGUCCCUUCUAGAAUCUCUCAUUAUAAAUCACACUGUGCCAUCAACACCCGACACAGCAGGCCUCCACAAUUAAUAUGGGGGAAAGAGGAGAGAUCAUAAAGGAUGACAGGACUAAAUUGGAGUUAAUUUCAUUGAUGCCAUGGCCUCUGUAGCAAUUAGGCAAUACAUCAUGUGGCUGUUUGAACACUGUGAUUGCUCCCUUUUAAUUGAAUUUCAAACCAUGGUAGAACAGCACUCACAUGGUACACAGUGUAGCUGCUGUUGUCCCUCAUUGCUAUUAGGUGGUGAGCCUCAUCAGGAAAUGUGGGAAGCGUGUGUGUGUGAUUGAGUUUAUGUGUGUGUGUGUGUGUGUUUGUGUGCACAUGGUGUGUGUACAGUGACGCACCAGUGUAAUAUUACCAACUUUCAGUCAUAGCUGCCCUCACAGAGUAAUGGCUUCAAGCUUUCAACUAUAGAGACUAUAAUCCUAUUUCACUAUUACGCAUAGGUUCAAGUUUUCCGUCACUGCGACUGAUUUCUGUCAUAUAGAGUUCAACAUUUUGGGUAGUGUUAAUGCACUGCUGUAGGAACAGUCUCAGUUUGAACACCAACUUCGGUACAUUGCAAUUUACCGAUGGGACUUCGGUCUCAGUGGGUCUCUGAUAUUGGCACUGAAUAAGGGCAGUGAUGGAAGGAGGAGAGCUCUGGACCUUGUUGAAACAACAGGGAAAUAGAUAUGGAUUUUCAGGUCCCAGACUGCAUCAGCUGCAGAUGGGUGGCAAUUAAAUCCAAAGUAGUGCCACUGGAUAGGAGUAGGGGGAGGGUUGAUGUUGUUUUGGACUUUGAGCAAAUGCUUGGACUUAUCCGCUAUUUUCUAAGACUAGAUGGGUUUAGUUUGACCUCUGGUCUAGAAACCAAUCAAACCAAGUCAAGUAGUGUCAUGUACUAUGCGUGUGAUCAUGUCUUAUGUUAUGGGUGUGAUCAUGUCUUAUGUUAUGGGUGUGAUCAUGUCUUAUGUUAUGGGUGUGAUCAUGUCUUAUGCUAAUUGCUCUAUGUUGUUUUUACGUAUUUACAUUGCUGAAGAUAGCAAGUACCUUCAGGCUCAACCUUAAACUUGAAUAGUCCCCGCGAAAUUGUGAUUCGUACAAAUAAUCAGAGACGCAAAAACCAGCACACAGGAAGAAUUGUUCCUCAUAACCCUCAUAUCCUAUGUUUUCUGACAGACAUAUGUUUUGUUAUGGAUGUUGAGAGAGAUUAGAAAGGAAUGGAAGACACUAAUGCAAUACUAUUAUGACUGUGCUCACACCUCUGUAAACUUACAGGAAACAAAGUUAUGUCCUGGGUAUAAUUAAUCGAUUCCACCUAUUGUUUUCCCAUAGGUCAACGGGACAGAAAUUGAAUAUGAGUUUGAAGAAAUCACACUAGAGCGGGUGAGUUGAUGGACACACUCUGAAAGGACUAUUUAAAAGGACCCAGAGAGGACUGCAGUCAUUGAAAUUGAACGAGGGAUGCUCAUCUCAGUCAUUGAAAUUGAACGAGGGAUGCUCAUCUCAGUCAUUGAAAUUAAACGAGGGAUGCUCAUCGCAGUCAUUGAAAUUAAAAGAGGGAUGCUCAUCUCAGUCAUUGAAAUUGAAUGAGGUAUGCUCAUCGCAGUCAUUGAAAUUGAACGAGGUAUGCUCAUCGCAGUCAUGUCCCAUAAAGUGCUUCAUAAACUAGCGUAGUCGUUAAAUGCGACAGGCAGGAUAAGUUAAUAGGCCAAGUUAAGAGGCAGCUGCUGCCUAGGUAAACUGUAGGUGAGUAUGUUUAAAGUCAGUGUUAGUCACCAAACUACCUCUGCUACAUAUGUUUCAAAACGUCUUGACCCCACACACGCUAACUGACACCAUUUUGAAGCUGUUGGAGAAGCUAGAUGAAUUCACAAACUGCCAAAGACACAGUAACCCCAGGCUCAAGAAAGGGUUUCCAGCUUCAUGCACCAAUUUAAAAUUAAAAUGGGAAUGCCGUCACAGUUUGUUAUUCCGUUAUCCAAACUAAAACAGGAACCUGUUUAAUUUUCCACUGAAGCUAAUUGAUCUCAGCCAGGCAAGCUCAAUAACACAAACAUCUAAGUCCUGUGGGUGUUUUGAGCAGGCCAGCCCUUAAUUGGGACAUAACAUUUGCAUGAGAACAGCCAGGGAUAGCAUCCUCAAGGCUCACUGUUGAUAAGAGGAUUAGCUUGGUUGUAGAUGACAUUUUGACAGCUCGAAAGGACCUGAAACAAUGCAUUACAAUAGGGAAAGGUCAGUUCAGCCAAAGGAAGUGAAAGGUCAUCCAACAGCGGAGCCUGGAGCCUUUGGUGCAUACUGCACAGCUCACCCUCUCAGGGGCAAGAGCAGACAUAAACAGUGGCUUUGGGGCUAAUGCUAAUGCUACGUAUGUGCUAUUCAGGCUUCACGCCACAGGACCCUGUAUCUAUGCUCUCCACUUCCAUUGCCCUAGCUAGUCAAUGGGCUUAGAUUAUGAGUGCAGUUGAGUGAGCUAGCUAUCAUCACUUCCAUCUCAUCUCAGCCUGAUUGAGCUCUUUUUGUAUUUCUGGAGAGGGAAGCUUCCCCUGAGGGAGAACAGCGGCAAUUGUAUUCACCAUGCCCGUCAGCUCAGCCUGCAGGGUCAGUGGAUAUUUAGUCAAGAGAUGCCCCUACUCCCAUCAGUUAGCAAUUUAAUCAAAGCGUCCACACUCAUUUUGUAAGUGUGUCGAGGGGGAUUUGGCUCAUAAAACCGAUAGAGCUGGGUUGUUGUACAAAGAUGUCACGAUCGUCUGAAGAAGCGGACCAAUACGCAGCGCGUGGAGUGAACAUGAUGACUUUUAUUUAAUAAAGCAACCACGAAAAACAACAAAUGACGAUAGUGAAGUCCUCUGUAACACUGACAGAAACAUGGAACAAAAACCCACAAACCAAGGAGAAACCACACAGAAUAAAUAUGGCUCCCAAUCAGAGAUAACGAGCCGACAGCUGACACUCGUUACCUCCGAUUGGGAGUCAUAUGACUAAACAUAGAACAAUCACCAAACAUAGAAAUGAACAACUAGACUACCCAACAUAGAAAUACACCCAAACAAUGAAAAUGAACAACCCUGGCUCAAUAAUCAAAGUCCAUGGAGCCAGAGUGUCACAGUACCCCCCCCCUAAAGGUGCGAACUCCGGGCGCACCAGCAUACAGUCUAGGGGAGGGUCUGGGUGGGCGUCUGUCCAUGGUGGCGGCUCUGGCCCAGGUCGUGGUCCCCACCCCACCUUAGUCACUAUCCGCUUCCGUAGCCCCCUCCACCUGACCACCCCCCAACUAAACCCCACUGGAUUAAGGGGCGGCACCGGACUAAGGGGCAGCACCGGACUAAGGGGCAGCAACGGACUAAGGGACAGUACCUGACUAAGGGGCAGCACCGGCCUGAGGGGCAGCACCGGACUGAAUGGCGGAUCCUGGCUGGCUGGCUCUGGCGGAUCCUGGCUGGACGGCUCUGGCGGAUCCUGGCUGGACGGCUCUGGCGGAUCCUGGCUGGCGGAAGGCUCUGGCUGAUCCUGUCUGGCAGAAGGCUCUGGCUGAUCCUGUCUGGCGGAAGGCUCUGGCUGAUCCUGUCUGGCGGAAGGCUCUGGCUGAUCCUGUCUGGCGGAAGGCUCUGGCUGAUCCUGUCUGGCGGAAGGCUCUGGCUGAUCCUGUCUGGCGGAAGGCUCUGGCUGCUCCUGUCUGGCGGAAGGCUCUGGCUGAUCCUGUCUGGCGGAAGGCUCUGGCUGCUCCUGUCUGGCGGACGGCUCUGAAGGCUCAUGGCAGACGGGCGGCUUUGCAGGCUCAGUACAGACGGGCAGUUCCUGCGGCGCUUGGCAGACGGACAGUUCAGACGGCGUUGGGCAGACGGGCAGUUCAGACGGCGUUGGGCAGACGGACAGUUCAGGCCCCGUUGGGCAGACGGACAGUUCAGGCCCCGUUGGGCAGACGGCAGACUCUGGCCGUCUGAGGCGCAUCGUAGGCCUGGUGCGUGGUGCCGGAACAGGAGGUACCGGGCUGAGGACACGCAUCUCAGGGCUAGUGCGGGGAGAAGCAACAGGGCAUGCUGGACCCUGGGGACGCACCGUAGGCCUGAUGCGUGGUGCCGGAACUGGAGGUACCGGGCUGAGGACACGCAUCUCAGGGCUAGUGCGGGAAGCAGCAACAGGGCAUGCUUGGCCCUGGGGACGCACCGUAGGCCUGAUGCGUGGUGCCGGAACUGGAGGUACCGGGCUGAGGACACGCAUCUCAGGGCUAGUGCGGGGAGAAGCAACAGGGCAUGCUGGACCCUGGGAACGCACAUAAGGGCUAGUGCGGAGAGCCGGAACAGGGCAUGCUGGACCCUGGGGACUCACAUUAAGCCUAGUGCGGAGAGCAGCAACAGGGCAUGCUUGGCCCUGGGGACGCACCGUAGGCCUGAUGCGUGGUGCCGGAACUGGAGGUACCGGGCUGAGGACACGCAUCUCAGGGCUAGUGCGGGGAGAAGCAACAGGGCAUGCUGGACCCUGGGAACGCACAUAAGGGCUAGUGCGGAGAGCCGGAACAGGGCAUGCUGGACCCUGGGGACUCACAUUAAGCCUAGUGCGGAGAGCAGCAACAGGACGCACAGGACUCGGGAGACACACCGGAGGCUUGGGGCGUGGUGUAGGCACUGGUGGGAAAGGGCUGGCGACGCGCACCGUAUCCCUGGUGCGAGUGGCCGGAACAGGCCGGGCCGGGCUGGCGAAGCGCACCGUAUCCCUGGUGCGAGUGGCCGGAACAGGCCGGGCUGGGCUGGCGAAGCGCACCCUAUCCCUGGUGCGAGUGGCCGGAACAGGCCGGGCUGGGCUGGCGAAGCGCACCGUAUCCCUGCUGCGAGUGGCCGGAACAGGCCGGGCCGGGCUGGCGAAGCGCACCGUAUCCUUGGUGCGAGGGGUCGUAACAGGCCGGACCGUACUGGAGGCACACACCACUGGCUCUACCCCGGGAACUGGAACGGGCCGGACCGGACUGGAUACACACCUCAGUCUCUCACGCCGUGCCUCUACAUCUCCUUUCCCUACUUUGGCCAGUGACCCCCGUAACCUGGUUGCCUCUUGAAUUCGCCCCUUCUCUGCCUCCGUUAGCCCCGUCGUCCAAGCCAUGUGCCCCCCCCAAAAAACUUUUUGGGGUUGCCUCUCGUCCUUCCAACGAUGAUGGCCCUGCUGACGCCGUUGCUCCUCUCGCCGUCGCCUCUCCACCGUUUCGCUCCAUGGACGGCGAUCCAUCCCAUCCAGGAUCUCCUCCCAAGUCCAGGACCCCUUUCCGUCCAAAAUCUCCUCCCAUGUCCAGGAAGCCUUUGGAGCUGGGUCCUGUUGCCGCUUGACACGCUGCUUGGUCCUUUGAUGGUGGGUUUUUCUGUCACGAUCGUCUGAAGAAGCGGACCAAUACGCAGCGCGUGGAGUGAACAUGAUGACUUUUAUUUAAUAAAGCAACCACGAAAAACAACAAAUGACGAUAGUGAAGUCCUCUGUAACACUGACAGAAACAUGGAACAAAAACCCACAAACCAAGGAGAAACCACACAGAAUAAAUAUGGCUCCCAAUCAGAGAUAACGAGCCGACAGCUGACACUCGUUACCUCCGAUUGGGAGUCAUAUGACUAAACAUAGAACAAUCACCAAACAUAGAAAUGAACAACUAGACUACCCAACAUAGAAAUACACCCAAACAAUGAAAAUGAACAACCCUGGCUCAAUAAUCAAAGUCCAUGGAGCCAGAGUGUCACAAAAGAAACAUUGGCUUUAGAGAAUUAUGCAUUUUAUGCCUUUGCCUCUGUAUUGUGUUUGCUGGUUAUGAAGUCAUACAAAUCUAAAAAACUUGAAAAUUAUCCCCUUGUCAAAGUGAAUCAUGUGAACCUGUACGAAAGUUAAGUAAAAAAAAUGAUAUUGUCAAUUUACUUUUUUCAAACUAAAAAUUAAAUAUUACGUUAAAUGUUUAUUUCACUUUUGUUAUGUGAAUUAUUUAACAAACUAUUUCAGUGUCUCUGUGUGUCUCCCAAAAGGUUGUAAGUCUUUUGGGAUUUAAGUAACGGACAGAGUCCCGUUCUGCAUAGUCAGAGAUAUUUAUUCAUUGAGAAUUCUGAAACCAAAUGGUCGUACAAUAUUUUUAUAUGCACACGUCAGAGAAUCCCUCCCCUCUUUAGGCGGGCUGUAGUUUUCCACUGGAAAACUGCUCUCCUGACCAUCAUGUCACACACACACACACACACACACACACACACACACACACACACACACACAUACACACACUGUUCUUAUCUUUUCCUACUCCUUGCUCGGGCAGGCUGCAAACUUCAGUUAUCGCAUUCUCACAAUAUCCUGCAAGCCUUCCACUCCCCCUCCCUGUAUGUUUUGGGAACCAGUCUAUACUCUGUUGCUGGGAUAUAAACACAUUUGAUUAAUUAUCUAAGCUCUAGUAUACUAAUUAGCCAUACAUUAUUAGUUUAACUGAGGGUGUAACAUUUUAGUCAUAUCUUACUCACACAUUUCUUUUAUCAACUUUCAAAUAGUUUAUUUAGGAAUUAUUACUUUUUGCUAUAAAAGUAAGUUCGCACUAGUUUCUAGUAAGUUGGGAGCGUGUAUAAUGCAAUUUAGACAGAAUGUGGAAUUCUGGGAAAACAUGCUCCUACAAGAUAAUCGCUAAAUUGUCAAAUGAUUUUAAAGGUAGAGUCAGUGAUGCACAAAUUAACAGCAGUAUCAGGCUGACUUCCUGAUACACACUAUGUGUGUGAAGCGUGAGGCUAAACUUCUCUGCUGUUGCUGUUCACGUUGCAGCAGAUUUAAGAAUACCAACAAAACAGCAAUUUCAUUUUUAUGUUGGUAGGAUACAGUUUAACAUUAUAAAGAAAUAGAAGUGUGAAAGUACUGGUAGAUGUUUUAUUCAUUGUUCUUCAUGCUCUAUAGGGGAACUCAGGGUUGGGUUUCAGCAUCGCUGGAGGAACAGAUAAUCCCCAUAUUGGUGAUGAUCCAGGGAUCUUCAUCACCAAGAUCAUUCCUGGUGGUGCGGCAGCAGAGGAUGGCCGGCUAAGGUGAGUGCUAUGGAUUGAGCCCUUUACAAAUGAACACUUCACUCAAGACAUUGAGAUAGCAUUUAUACAAGAGCAUUUUGCCGUCAGAAUGGAUGGCUCGGGGACUCUCACCCAUCAUUUGAUCUAUACAGUGCCUUCAGAAAGAAUUCAUAACCCUUAACAUAUUCCACAUUUUGUUGUGUUACAGCCUGAAUUCAAAAUUGAUUAAAUAAAUAAAAAAUCUCACCCUGCUACACAUCCCAAAUUUGUUGAAAAUGAAAUACAGAAAUAUCUAAUUUACAUAAGUAUUCACACCCCUGAGUCAGUACAUGUUAGAAUCACCCUUGGCAGUGAUUACAGCUGUGAGGCUUUCUGGCUACGUCUCUAAGAGCUUUGCCCAUUAUUAUUUUCAAAAUUCUUCAAGCUCUGUCAAAUUGGUUGUUGAACAUUGCUAGACAACCAUUUUCAAGUCUUGCCAUAGAUUUUCAAGCAGAUUUAAUUCAAAACUGUAACUCGGCAACUCAGGAACAUUCACUGCCUUCUUGGUAAGCAACUCCAGUGUAGAUCUGACCUUGUGUUUUAGGUUACUGUCCUGCUGAAAGGAGAAUGAAUCUCCCAGUGUCUGGUGGAAAGCAGACGGAACCAGGUUUUCCUCUAGGAUUUUGCCUGUUCUUCCGUUUAUUUUUUUUGCCUGAAAAACUCCCCAGUCCUUAACAAUUACAAGCAUACCCAUAACAUGAUGCAGUCACUACUAUGCUUGAAAAUAUGGAGUGGUGCUCAGUAAUGUGUUAUGUUUGGGGCGAUUCCAAUACAACACCUUGCAUUCAGGACAAAAAGUUAAUUGCUUUGACACAUUUUUUGCAGUAUUGCUUUAGUGCUUUGUUGCAAACAGGAUGCAUGUUUUGGAAUAUUGUUAUUCUGUACAGGCUUCCUUCUUUUCACUCUGCCAAUUAGGUUAGUAUUGUGGAGUAACUACAAUGUGGUGAUCCAUCCUCAGUUUUCUCCUAUCACAGCCAUUAAAUACUUUAACUGUUUUAAAGUCACCAUUGGCCUCAUGGUGAAAUCCCUGAGCGGUUUACUUCCUCUCCGGCAACUGAGUUAGGAAGGACGCCUGUAUCUUUGUAGUGACUGGGUGCAUUGAUACACCAUCCAAAGUGUAAUUAAUAACUUCACCAUGCUCAAAGGGAUAUUCCAUUUCUGCUUCUUUUUUUUACCCAUCUACCAAUGUUAACCUUUCUUUGCGAGGCAUUGGAAAACCUCCCUGGUAUUUGUUGUUGAAUCUGUGUUUGAAAUUCACUGCUCGACUGCGGGACCUUACAGAUAAUGGUAUCUGUAGGGUACAGAGAUUAAGUAGUAAUUCAAAAAUCAUGUUAUUUACUCCUGAACUUAUUUAAGCUUGCCAUAACAAAGGGGUUGAAUACUUAUUGACUCAAGACAUUUCAGCUUUUCAAUUUUAAUUAAUUUGUAAACAUUUAGAAAAACAUUAUUCCACUUUUACCUUAUGGGGUAUUGUGUGUAGGCCAGUGACAAAACAUCUACAUUUAAUCCAUUUUAAAUUCAGGCUGUAACACAACAAAAUGUGGAACAAGUCAAUGGGUGGGAAUACUUUCUGAAGGCACUGUAUAUGUGCCAUGUUUUGAAGGCUCUACCCUGUAAUGGAUAGGCUGAAAGGGUUCGUUUUCAGAUUUCCCCUGAAUUUUUAUCUUACUUUGAGAGCUGUUCUUUGACAAUUUGUUAUAGAUAUCUACCAUUCACAUUAUCUUUGUUCGCCAUGUUAGUAGUGUGGGCUAAUGUUAACACUUCAUUGGAUUGCAUUUAUUCCAGAAACUAUCCCUAAACACCCCAAUAUAAAUCUCACGUGGUACUACGGCAGACUGUAUGCUAUAGCAGUAUUACGCCUUGUAGAAAUCGUUUUACCCUACUUGGAUGCAGAGUCCAUAUGAAAGUCUUCUUUAAGAGGUGGUGGCCAAAUAAUCAGUUCUAGAUUCGGUGUGAGUCAAGAGAGAAAUGCCACUUAGAGAAGCAAUUACCCUUGCCUGACUUUGGGGAGCUCUGCUCGGCUUUGGAUAAAUCACUCUGGCGUGUCUAAUGAAUGUUUUGUUUUCUAAGAUGUGCACAGAGACUAAUGCAUUAGUGGGAAAGGCCUACAGUCUCAAAGACACAAUGGGUUUUGACACUGUUUAAGCAUUAUAGUCAGGCACACUUUAUUUAUGGUUAUUUAUUCACUGCACAGUCUGGGGAAUGUAGCAUAACAUUACUUAUUCUAAGCACAUUGUUGCUCUUACGUUGUAGCUGAAUGUAAAUAGGAAAUACUCAAAAGCUUUGCUCUGGCAGCACUGUACAUAACAUAAGACUUUGGGGAUGCUUAGAGCACCACAUCAUUAGCAAGAUAACAGGAUGAAACUAAAAGGGAAGUUCAGGAUUUUACAACUUGAUGUUAGAUGGUUCCUCAGCCUGAAAGUAGUCUAUGGGCCAGGAUAAACUAUAAUCCAUGGUUCAGUUUUCCUUAACCAGCCACUACAAAUGUCAGCUAACUUUAGCCACCUCUAGCUAACAAUCAAUGGAUGUGAUAGGGGCAAUUGUGCCCCAAAAUGUGUUUGGGGGGGCAAAUCACCUUUAACAUCAAAUCCCAUAUGGAGUUGAUUUCAGUUUAUUUGGCCUUGAAAGUGACAAUGGCCAUGCCCGAAUACCCAUACUUGCGUUCUAAAUAGUAGGCAUUUUAAGUAUGCGAAAAGAAAAUGUUUUAUAAUAUGUGAAAUGUGAAAAUCGAGUAUGCUUUAAAUGCCAGGAUGUUAUACUCAUUUCGGCUUUUCAUCUAGUAGAAUUCGCUGCACACUUUUGAGGAAGAUAAUUGUCUUUCCAGGCUCACGUGUUUUUGACAACAGCUGAUAAUGAGAUGCACUGUAUCCAAAUGAAUGAAUGGCGGGAAUAAACGCAAUUGCGCAUUCGAUGAGGCAUUCUAAGGAUGGGUGAGCCUACUGUGUUGACAUUUUUUGCUUACUGCAUUCGUAUUUUUUUUAUAGUAUAUUAUUUUAUUUAAAAAAUAAAUAAAUUACCCCCUUUUUCAAUCUUGUCUCAUCGCUGCAACUCCCCAACGGGCUCAGGAGAGGCGAAGGUCGAGUCAUGCAUCCUCCCGCCAAACCGCGCUUCUUAACCCGGAAGCACCAAUGUGUCCCAGAAACACCGUCCAACUGAUGACCGAAGUCAGCCUGCAGGCACCCGGCCCGCCACAAGGAGUCGCUAGAGCACGAUGAGCCAAGUAAAGCCCCUCCGAUCAAACCCUCCCCUAACACGGACGACGCUGGGCCAAUUGUGCGCCGCCCUAUGGGACUCCCAGUCACGGCCGGUUGUGACACAGCCUGGGAUCGAACCUGGGUCUGUAGUGAUGCCUCAAGUACUGCGAUGCAGUGACUUAGACCGCUGCACCACUUGGGAGGCCUUCAUAGUACAUUCUAAAUAGUAUGUAGUAUGAUUAGUACACAGUAUGUACAGGUUACUGACAAAAUAAAGAAAACACCAAAAUAAGUGUCUUAAUAGGGCGUUGUGCCACCACGAGCUGCUAAAACAGCUUCAAUGCACCUUGGCAUAGAUUCUACAAGCGUCUGGAACUCUAUUGGAGGGAUACAACACAAUUUUUCCACGACAAAAUCCAUCAUUUGGUGUUUUGUUGAUGGUGGUGGAAAACUCUGUCUCAGGCGCCGCUCCAGAAUCUCCCUUAAGUGUUCAAUUGGGUUGAGAUCUGGUGACUGAGACGGCCAUGGUAUAUGGUUUAUAUACAGUACCAGUCAAAAGUUUGGACACACCAUUUCAGUGUUUUUCUUGAUUUUUUCUAUAUUGUAGAAUAAUAGUGAAGACAUCAAAACUAUGAAAUAACACAUAUGGAAUCAUGUAGUAACCAAAAAAGUGUUAAACAAGCAGAGGUAACUCUGGGUCUUCCAUUCCUGUGGCGGUCCUCAUGAGAGCCAGUUUCAUCAUAGCGCUUGAUGGUUUUUACGACUGCACUUGAAGAAACUUUCAAAGUUCUUGAAAAGUUCCGUAUUGACUGACCUUCAUGUCUUAAAGUAAUGAUGGACUGUCAUUUCUCUUUGCUUAUUUGAGCUGUUCUUGCCAUAAUAUGGACUUGGUGUUUUACCAAAUAGGGCUAUCUUCUGUAUACCACCCCUACCUUGUCAUAACACAACUGAUUGGCUCAAACACAUUAAGAAGGAAAGAAAUUCCACAAAUUAACUUUUAACAAUGCACACCUGUUAAUUGAAAUUCAUUCCAGGUGACUACCUCAUGAAGUUGGUUGAGAGAAUGUCAUGAGUGUGCAAAGCUGUCAUCAAGGCAAAGGGUGGCUAUUUGAAGACUCUCAAAUAUAAAAUAUAUUUUGAUUUGUUUAACACUUUCUUGGUUACUACAUUAUUCCAUGUGUUAUUUCAUAGUUUUGAUGUCUUCACUAUUAUUCUACAAUGCAAAAUAUAGUAAAAAUAAAGAAAAAGCCUUGAAUGAGUAGGUGUGUCCAAACUUUUGACUGAUAGUGUAGUUCACAUGUUCAUCAAACCAUUCAUUGACCACUCGUGCCCUGUGGAAGGGGGUAGUGUCAAGGAAGAGACCAUUCCUAUCAGGAUAGAAAUGAUUCACCAUAGGUUGAAGGUGAUCACUCAGAAUGACUGUGCAUUUGUUGGCGUUUACCUUGUCCUCUAAGGGGUUGAGUGGACCUUGACUGUGCCAGGAAAAUGCACCCCACACCAUAACAGAGCCGCCAGAACCCUCAUUUACUCAAGUGUUUCCUUUAUUUUGGCAGUUACCUGUAGUUUUAGUAAGCAGUAGGCAAGACAUAUUUUCGACAUGGCCAAAGAUAUUUAUUGUUAUAAAAUACCUUUCUAUGAAGCAUAUGGUGCAAACGUUUUGCUUUGCUGUGGUGUGUGCUAAUGAAUACACCCAGCUGUUCAGUAGAUUGAACAGCUGUAUAAUAAUCAGACAUUCAACUUUGGGCAUUGAACAGUAAAUGCAUAUAGUGUACUUACUGCAAAAUAACAGAACUCACUGCAGACCUUCAUGCUGAGGAUAAAAACACAGAUAUUAUACAUGUGUAAAUAGGCAGAAUCUCUCGCUCUGCUUGAGUGUGUGUGUUUUUGUGCAUAGGGUCCCAGCUGGUCCCUCACAAUGCGCCUCAGGAGUGUUCAGGCCUUGAACGCGGGGGCAUGGAUGUUUGUGGCCUCUCCUCACAGGGUUAAAGGCUCACACUGCAGCAGGGUCCCCCUGCCACACACGCACGCUCACACACGCACACACACAAAUACUGUUUUCCCAGGUUUACGCUCAUGUUUCCAUCCUCUUCCUUCCUUGCAGAGUGAAUGACUGCAUCCUGCGGGUGAAUGAUGCCGACGUAUCUGAGGUGUCCCACAGUAAGGCAGUGGAGGCCCUGAAGGUGGCCGGCUCCAUCGUCAGGCUGUACGUUCGCCGGAGGAGACCCAUGCUGGAAGCUGUCAUUGAGAUUAAACUCAUCAAAGGACCAAAAGGUUGCUACACUCCCUUUCCUCUAUCUGUCUGUCUAUAACCAUGCACAUCCAGUAUCCUUUGUUUUGUUCAGUAUUUUGUCAUUGGGGGUUUUGUACCCACUUCCGUUGGCAGGAAUUGAGAUAAACCCACUGAAAUCAAUGAAACAUGCUACACCGGCCACAGAAGCAGCACAUCAGUGAAGCAGCAAUAACACGAGGUUCGCUUUGCUGAACCAUCUUUUUACGCUUCGAGUCUACUUUCUAGCGCUACAGUUGUCUAUAAAGCGUACCCUACUGAUAUAAGUGGCUUGUGCUUGUGAUCUGGAGGCAGCAGCCUAGAACACUAGACCCCCCUGAGCCUCAACACAUUAUUUUUGAACCUCCACCCUAUUUCUCCUCAGGGCUGGGCUUCAGCAUCGCAGGAGGGGUGGGCAACCAGCACAUCCCGGGGGACAACAGCAUCUUUGUCACUAAGAUCAUAGAUGGAGGUGCAGCACAGAAGGACCAGCGCUUGCAGGUUGGAGACCGGCUGCUUAUGGUAGGUUACUGCAGCUUCCCUAUCCCUGCCCUGCCCUGCCCUGUCCUGCCCUGCCCUGCCCUGCCCUGCCCUGCCCUGCCCUGCCCUGCCCUGCCCUGCCCUGCCCUGCCCUGCCCUGCCCUGCCCUGCCCUGCCCUGCCCUGCCUGCCCUGCCCUGCCCUGCCUGCCCUGCCCUGCCCUGCCCUGCCCUGCCCUGCCCUGCCCUGCCCUGCCCUGCCCUGCCCUGCCCUGUCCUGCCUGCCCUGCCCUGCCCUGCCCUGCCCUGCCCUGCCCUGCCCUGCCCUGCCCUGCCCUGCCCUGCCCUGCCCUGCCCUGCCCUGCCCUGCCCUGCCCUGCCCUGCCCUGCCCUGCCCUGCCCUGCCCUGCCCUGUCCUGCCCUGCCCUGCCCUGCCCUGCCCUGCCCUGCCCUGCCCUGCCCUGCCCUGUCCUGCCCUGCCCUGCCCUGCCCUGCCCUGCCCUGCCCUGCCCUGCCCUGCCCUGCCCUGUCCUGCCCUGCCCUGCCCUGCCCUGCCCUGCCCUGCCCUGUCCUGCCCUGCCCUGCCCUGCCCUGCCCUGCCCUGCCCUGCCCUGCCCUGUCCUCAUCCCUAAUAAGUGGACCAAUAACAUACUGUACUGUGAAAGCGUUGUACAGCAUAACAACCUUCAUAACACAUGUAUUCAACAUAAUUCAUAAGGGUUUUCAAAAUAAAAUAGCGGUUUAUUUAUUUACAUUUUAGCCAUUUAGCAGAUUGUCUUAUCCAGAGCGACUAGGGUUAAGUGCCUUGCUCAGGGGCACAUUGACAGAUUUUUCACCUAGUUGGCUCGGGGAUUCAAAGCAGCGACCUUUCGGUUACUGGCCCAACGCUCCUAACCGCUAGGCUACCUGCCUCCAUUGUACAACGGAGGAGUGAAUAGUGUUUCAGAAGGUUGGGUACUCUGACAGUAAAAUAUACAUUUCCGUUGUAUAAUGGAUAAAUGAAGAGCUAUUUAAUAGGACUUUUAUUUUGAAAACUCCUUGUGAAGGAUGUUGAAUAAAUGUGUUUUGAAGGUUGUUAUCCAAUAUAAUUAUUUCACAGUAAUACACCAAGGUAUUACGUUGUAGCAACACACCCUUUUUCAGAAGAGUGAGUCACUUAAACAUGGUUUAAUUCAACUAGCUACAUCCCUGCUGCCUCCAGCUCCGGGGGAUCCCUAGCCAUCGUAAUCUGCACUUGGCAGCACCAAGUAACAUGAUGUCGGUCUGGCAUGUGAGGAGUGGAACAUGAGGUUUAACCGUCUUACGCAAUGCCUGUGAUUUUCUCCAUGUUCUCUCCACCCCCACAGGUGAACAACUACACUCUGGAAGAGGUCUCCCACGAGGAGGCAGUAGCCAUACUGAAGAACACGUCUGACGUUGUGUACCUGAAGGUGGGCAAGCCCACCAGUGGUUACUUAUCAGAUCCCUAUGGGCCACCUGAUAUCACGCACUGUGAGUUUGUCACCUCUUUUUCAACCCUCUACCCACCCGUGCUCCGGGGUGAAGUUUCCCCUAGCUACAGAUCUACGAUCCGCUUCCCCUUCCCCCAUCCUAACCUUAAGUGUGGGGCAAUGCAAAACUGACCGAAGAUCACCGUCUAGUGGCAACUUUACCCUAGUCCCCCACCUGUAGAGACACAAUUUUAGUUUGUAGUCCGAAUAGUGUACAAGAGGGCAGCACUUAAAUGACAGAUUAAUCCUGUAUGAGUAACCUCUACUGUUCUAGAUCAGGACAGUAAUCUUUCACUUCGUUUCACUCUGAUGCAGCGUGUUUGUUCAACUCUUUAGUAUCAUCCCUGAGUUUAGAUAGAGCCUCAAUUUGAAUGUGAUGAGUGUUGUGAUUGUUUUUGAGUACAUAGUGUACAGUAUAUUUAUUUGAACUUCCUCCCUUGCCAUGUAAAUUUGAAUGCCAAAGCAUUGGAUUUAGUAAUAUUUCUAUUGUGUUUUUAGAUUCAUAUUCUGUCAAUGUUCCAACAUUGUGUGAGCCUCCAAACUAAAUUAUAUGUAUUUGAUUAAUUGAUUGGUUGAUUGAUACGUGUAGUCAUUAGCUGAAUGCUAAAGUCUGAUGAGCAAUGUACACAAUUGUUUUCUUUCCAGCGUUCUCUCCAGCAAUGGAAAAUCAUAUAUCUUCCAUGGGCAACAACGGCACUCUGGAGUACAAGUGCAGUCUUCCCCCCAUGCCCAUCUCCCCUGGAAGGUACUCCCCCCUCCCAAAACACUUACUCGGGGAAGAGGACAUAAACAGGUUGGAUGGUUUUUCCUUCUUAAGGUAAUUACAUCCCUUCUUACCAGACGCCAGUAGUAUUACAGGUAGAGCCUCUGUCACCCCACCCCACCCGUGUUCUAUGGAAACUCAAAAGCAAUCUUAGAUGACGUUACAAGUUGUGUUGGCAUUGAUUGCUUUGGGGAUUUGCCCCUACCUCCCUUCCCACCUCUUUGGUCCCUGCUGUUUUCGUCCUGUGCUCUGUGUUUUGCACUCGCGAGUCCUGUUUUUCCACUGUGUUGUCUUGUAGCACUGUUUUUAUUCUGGCGGUACAUUGUAGAGAUACAUGUGAAGAUAUGCUGAAGGGUGGCAUGGUCAUUGUGUGCACCUUUACAACAUUGCUGUAGGUUUUUAAGCUUGCUCUUUGAAUCUAACAAUAUAAAGUAUGUAGAAAUGGGCCAGACUAUUACGGAUCUGAAUAAUUAAUUCAACUUAACGGUCCAAUGCAGCCAUUUUUAUCUCAAUUUCAAAUAAUUUCUGGGUAAUUGAUUUUCCACUUAAGUUUCUACUAAAGGAGAGAAGUGGAGUGUUAUGCUGGAGUGAUAUAUUGAUGAGGCUUGUGGUGAUGUCGAAUUAUCCUGCCGGUCGCUGUAUAGAUCUGCAUUUUGUCUCUGACGCAUGGUAGACGUGUUACUCCAAGCAAAAUCCAGGCUGUGUGUUGAUUGGCUCAGUGCUCAGGCGAAUUCAGAGCAACAAGAAAUGACUUAGCAGUUCUUAGGGAGAAAAUAUGUUUCAGACCUGUCAUCGGUGUUCUAAGACCAGAAAGACAGUCUCUUGAUCACUACAAGAGGUACUAAGACAACUGCAAGUCAAUUUAGUAACUUCCUACUGUACCACAUCAAUCGAAUUUGUCUUCUUGAUGUGUUUCAUAACUGAAACAGAAUGCAUAAGUACUAGAGUGCCAAAUCAUUUCAAUAUAUAUUUUAAUCUGCACAGUUUUGCAUCUGUAAAAAAAAGCCUAUGACUUUUAAUAAAAAUGCUGUCUGAUUCUGUCAUUAUAAUGUUGUGUUCUAGUUCAAAGUUUCAUACAGUUGAGCAUUUAAUAGAUGGUUUGGUAUAGAAAAGCACACUGGACUUUAAUUCGGAUGGUGGCCCCACUAGUUAACAGGGUUGGGGUCAAUUUGAAUUGAAGUCAGUAAAUUCAGGAAGUGAUUAGAAUUUAACCUUUUUUUCAAUUAUUGAAUAGGAAUUGAAGUUUACUUCCUGAAUUGACUGACCAAUUAAAAUUGACCCCAACCCUCCUAGCUUAUGGAGAACCAAACCUGCCAUAAAUAAAUGCACAUAUAAAUAGAUAAAUACAUGAAUAAAUAAAUAUAUUCACACAUAAAUAAAUAAAUAAAUGGAUGAAUGAAUGUACACAUAAAUAGAAUAGAAUAUAAUUAUUACCCCUUUCAUUCAUUUUAUUCAUCUAUAUUGACUUCAUUUAUUUAUUUCUGUAUUUCUUGAUAAUGAGGGGGUGUCAAGAAAACAUAUGUGGGUGGUAUCUAAUACACCAUUGGUUGAUCAAUGUCACGGCGUGUUGCUCGAUUGCAUUAUUGAAGAAUGAAAAUGAAGUCACCUUUCACUGCUAGGCAAAUCCCCGCCAUAUCUUAGCUCAUUGGUCACCAUAGCAACACCCACCCGUAGUAUGGAGUACUAAAAAUAUACCAAAAUGGCACACAAAAAUGCACAGAAAUGCACACAUGAUGGACAUAUUCUGCACACAAAUCAUUACUGAUUUGAUCACUCAUUCACUCACUCACUGACUCACUCGUUACAUUAGUUAAACGUAAGGUGCUACAUUAUUGAUCCAUAUCAACCAUGAACCUUUAGCAAUUAGGACUUUGGCAUUUUAUAAAUGCAUUAGGUACAUGGUGGUCCCUCUUGUGGUCUCUUUUGUAAGGAAUUUCUUUCUGUUUAUCAAGUCCAGCAAUUCUCCCUGACCAAACACUUUGUGUCAUCCUCUGUAGCAUACGUCCAACUGUUUGUUUUGUCAAACACAAAAAAACACGUGCAUGAUUUUCUUCAUUUAGUUUUUAUGCUAAAUGCCUACAAACUAUAUUUUAAAUAUAAGGCUAUUGGUGUUCGUAAUUCUAAUUCAUAAAACCAAGUAAAAUCUAAUUUUGUUUGCAGUUUCUUUAAGUUUUCUUGGCAUUGCCUCUCUGAUUCUGACUCUGUUAUUGCUCUUCCUUUAUUGGUCUCAUCUCUUCCUCAAUCAGAAAUGCCUCGAUAGAUGAUGGGGAAGCUCACAGGUUUGAGUCGCAGCACUUCCAGUUGAGGUGAGAAAUUUCAAAAUGGCCGCUGACUUGGCCCUCAUGUUUGCCCUCCCAUUCCAUCUGUGACACAUCUCUUUCCUAAUUUUGUCCUUAAAUACAACACGGCCUAUACAGUGGGCAACAUUUUUAUGUGCAAAAGUAAUGUAAAAAUAAAACAAAUUACCAUAUACCUCAUUGUAAUCUGGCAGUGUGCUUUAAAUUGAAACUCAACAACUUGCGUUAUAAAGAGGUGUCUAUUUAUGUAGAUUUCUUUUAUUUAUUUAACCAGUAAAAUCCCAUUGAGACACAGGGUCUCUUUUGCAAGGGAGACCUGUCCAAGUAAGCAGCAGCAUUCAAUACAACAUUACACAAUUUUAAAAACAUAAAUGCAGGCUACAGAGGUAGAGAGAAAGAGUUUACCCAGAAUGUAAAUGAACACGUAUCAAUAUCUGCGCACGUAAAGCGAGGUCCAACCCACCAUUUGGUUCAAGGUGCAAUGGUGGGUGAGUGACUUGCCAUUUGUAACAAAAGGAUGCAUGAUCAACAGAGUCCAGUCUCUUUAACACAGAAGAGGCUGUAUGUGUAUACAAUAAGUCUAAUUUUACUGAGCUCAAGUUAAAUAUACAGUCAAAAGUUUGGACACACCUACUCAUUCAAGGGUUAUUCUUAAUUUUUUACUAUUUUCUACAUUGUAGAACAAUAGUGAAGACAUCAAAACUAUGAAAUAACACAUAUGGAAUCAUGUAGUAACCAAAAAAUUGUUAAACAAAUCAAAAUAUAUUUUAUAUUUGAGACCCUUUGCCUUGAUGACAGCUUUGCACACUCUUGGCAUUCUCUGAACCAGCUUCACCUGGAAUGCUUUUCCAACAGUCUUGAAGGAGUGCCUUGCAAAAGUAUUCAUCCCUCUUGCCGUUUUUCCUAUUUUGUUGCAUUACAACCUGUAAUUUAAAUAUAUUUUUAUUUGGAUUUAAUGUAAUGGACAUACACAAAAUAAACCAAAUUGGUGAAGUGAAAUUAAAGAAAUAACUUGUUUAAAAAAAUUCUACAAAAUUUAUAAUGGAAAAGUGGUGCUGGCAUAUGUAUUCACCCCCUUUGCUAUGAAGCCCCUAAAUAAGAUCUGGUGCAACCAAUUACCUUGUGGACUUUAGUUAAAUAAAGUCCACAUGUGUGCAAUCUAAGUGUCACAUGAUCUAUCACAUGAUCUCAGUAUAUAUACACUUGUUCUGAAAGGCCCCAGAGUCUGCAACACCACUAAGCAAGGGGCACCACCAAGCAAGCAGCACCAUGAAGACCAAGGAGCUCUCCAAACAGGUCAGGGACAAAGUUGUGGAGAAGUACAGAUCAGGGUUGGGUUAUAAAAAAAUAUCUGAAACUUUGAACAUCCCACGGAGCACCAUUAAAUCCAUUAUUAAAAAAUGGAAAGAAUAUGGCACCACAACAAACCUGCCAAGAGAGGGCCGCCCACCAAAACUCACGGACCAGGCAAGGAGGGCAUUCAUCGGAGAAGCAACAAAGAGACCAAGAUAACCCUGAAGGAGCUGCAAAGCUCCACAGCAGAGAUUGGAGUAUCUGUCCAUAAGACCACUUUAAGCUGUACACUCCACAGAGCUGGGCUUUACGGAAGAGUAGCGAGAAAAAAAGCCAUUGCUUAAAGAAAAAAUAAGCAAACACGUUUGGUGUUCGCCAAAAGGCAUGUGGGAGACUCCCCAAACAUAUGGAAGAAGGUACUCUGGUCAGAUAAGACUAAAAUUGAGCUUUUUGGCCAUCAAGGAAAACGCUAUGUCUGGCGCAAACCCAACACCUCUCAUCACGCCAAGAAUACCAUCCCCACAGUAUAGCAUGGUGGUGGCAGCAUCAUGCUGUGAGGAUGUUUUUCAUCGGCAAGGACUGGGAAACUGGUCAGAAUUGAAGGAAUGAUGGAUGGUGCUAAAUACAGGGAAAUUAUUGAGGGAAACCUGUUUCAGUCUUCCAGAGAUUUGAGACUGGGACGGAGGUUCACCUUCCAGCAGGACAAUGACCCUAAGCAUACUACUAAAACAACACUCAAGUGGUUUAAGGGGAAACAUUUAAAUGUCUUGGAAUGGCCAAGUCAAAGCCCAGACCUCAAUUCAAUUGAGAAUCUGUGGUAUGACUUAAAGAUUGCUGUACACCAGCGGAACCCAUCCAACUUGAAGGAGCUGCAGCGGUUUUGCCUUGGAGAAUGGAAAGAACUCCCAGUGGCUAGAUGUGCCAAGCUUAUAGAGGCAUACCCCAAGAGACUUCCAGCUAUAAUUGCUGCAAAAGGUGGCUCUACAAAGUAUUGACUUUGGGGGUGUGAAUAGUUAUGCACGCUCAAGUUUUCAGUUUUUUUGUAUUAUUUCUUGUUUGUUUCACCCCAAAAUAUAUUUUGUGUCUUCAAAGUGGUAGGCAUGUUGUGUAAAUCAAAUGAUACAAACCCCCCAAAAAUCAAUUUUUAUUCCAGGUUGGAAGGCAACAAAAUAGGAAAAAUGCCAAGGGGGGUGAAUACUUUCGCAAGGCAUUGUAUGCUGAGAACUUGUUGGCUGCUUUUCCUUCACUCUGCAGUCCAACUCAUCCCAAACCAUCUCAAUUGGGUUGAUGUCAGGUGAUUGUGGAGGCCAGGUCAUCUGAUGCAGCACUCCAUCACUCUCCUUCUUGGUCAAAUAGCCCUUACACAGCCUGGAGGUGUGUUGGGUCAUUGUCCUGUUGAAAAAUGAAUGAUAGUCCCACUAAGCCCAAACCAGAUGGGAUGUCGUAUCGCUGCAGAAUGCUGUGGUAGCCAUGCUGGUUAAUUGUGCCUUGAAUUCUAAAUAAAUCACACCAGCAAAGCACCCCCACACCAUAACACCUCCUCCUCCAUGCUUUACAGUGGGAAAUACACAUGCGGAUAUCAUCCGUUCACCCACAGCACGUCUCACAAAGACACGGCGGUUGGAACCAAAAAUAUCAAAUUUGGACUCCAGACAAAAGGACAAAUUUCCACCGGCCUAAUGUCCGUUGCUGGUGUUUCUUGGCCCAAGCAAGUCUCUUCUUCUUAUUGGUGUCCUUUAAUAGUGGUUUCUUUGUAGCAAUUUGACCAUGAAGGCCUGAUUCACAUAGUCUCCUCUGAACAGUUGAUGUUGAGAUAUGUCUGUGACUUGAACUCUGUGAAGCAUUUAUUUGGGCUGCAAUUUCUGAGGCUGGUAACUCUAAUGAACUUAUCUUCUGCAGCAGAGUUAACUCUGGGUCUUCCUUUACUGUGGCGGUCCUCAUGACAGCCAGUUUCAUCAUUGCACUUACAUUACAUUUACAUUUACAUCAUUUAGCAGACACUCUUAUCCAGAGCGACUUACAAAUUGGUGCAUUCAACCUAUGAUAGCCAGUGGGACAACCACUUUUUUAUUUUAAUUUAUUUAAUUGUAUUUAUUUUGGGGGUGGGGGAAGAAGGAUUACUUUAUAUUAUUCCAGGUAUUCCUUAAAGAGGUAGGGUUUUAAGUGUCUCCGGAAGGUGGUCAGUGACUCCGCUAUCCUGGCGUCGUGGGGGAGCUUGUUCCACCAUUGGGGUGCCAGAGCAGCGAAUAGCUUUGACUGGGCUGAGCGGGAACUGUGCUUCCGUAGAGGUAGGGGAGCUAGCAGGCCAGAGGUGGAUGAACGUAGUGCCCUCAUUUGGGUGUAGGGUCUGAUCAGAGCCUGAAGGUAAGGAGGUGCCGUUCCCCUCACAGCUCCGUAGGCAAGCACCAUGGUCUUGUAGUAGAUGCGAGCCUCAACUGGAAGCCAGUGGAGUGUGCGGAGGAGCGGGGUGACAUGAGAGAACUUGGGAAGGUUGAACACCAGACGGGCUGCAGCGUUCUGGAUAAGUUGUAGGGGUUUAAUGGCACAGGCAGGGAGCCCAACCAAUAGCGAGUUGCAGUAAUCCAGACGGGAGAUGACAAGUGCCUGGAUUAGGACCUGUACCGCUUUCUCUGUAAGGUAGGGUCCUUCUCUGCAAAUGUUGUAGAGCAUAAACCUGCAGGAUCGGUUCACCGCUUUGAUGUUAGCAGAGAACGACAGGGUAUUGUCCAGGGUCACACCAAGGUUCUUUGCACUCUGGGAGGAGGACACAAUGGAGUUGUCAACCGUGAUGGCUAUAUCAUGGAGUGGGCAGUCCUUCCCCGGGAGGAAGAGCAGCUCCGUCUUGCCGAGGUUCAGCUUGAGGUGGUGAUCCGACAUCCACACUGAUAUGUCUGCCAGACAUGCAGAGAUGCGAUUCGCCACCUGGUUAUCAGAAGAUAUGACAGAGCCAAGUGACUUGGUGUAUAAAGAGAAUAGGAGAGGGCCUAGAACUGAGCCCUGUGGGACACCAGUGGUGAGAGCACGUGGUGCGGAGACAGAUUCUCGCCACGCUACCUGGUAGGAGCGACCUGUCAGGUAGGACGCAAUCCAAGAGUGAGUAGCGCUGGAGAUGCCCCACUCGGAGAGGGUGGAGAGGAGGAUGUGAUGGUUCACAGUAUCAAAGGCAGCGGAUAGGUCUAGAAGGAUAAGAGCAGAGGAGAGAGAGUUAGCUUUAGCAGUGCGGAGAGCCUCCGUGACACAGAGAAGAGCAGUCUCAGUUGAAUGACCAGUCAUGAAACCUGACUGGUUUGGAUCAAGAAAGUAAUUCUGAGAGAGAUAGCAGGAGAGUUGGCUAGAGAAGGCACGCUCAAGAGUUUUGGAGAGAAAAGAAAGAAGGGAUACUGGUCUGUAGUUGUUGACAUCGGAGGGAUCGAGUGUAGGUUUUUUGAGGAGGGGUGCAACUCCAUGGCCAGUGGUCAAGGAUGAGUUGAUGAGCAAGGUGAGGUAAGGGAGAAGGUCUCCGGAAAUGGUCUGGAGAAGAGAGGAGGGGAUAGGGUCAAGCGGGCAGGUUGUUGGGCGGCCGGCCGUCACAAGUCGCAAGAUUUCACUUGAUGGUUUUUGCGACUGCACUUGAAGAAACUUUCAAAGUUCUUGAAAUGUUCCGUAUUGACUGACCUUCAUGUCUUAAAGUAAUGAUGGACUGUAAUUUCUCUUUGCUUAUUUGAGCUGUUCUUGCCAUAAUAUGGACUUGGUCUUUUACCAAAUAGGGCUAUCUUCUGUAUACCGCCCCUACCUUGUCACAACACAACUGAUUGGCUCAAACGCAUUAAGAAGGAAAUAAAUUCCACAAAGUAACUUUUAAGAAGGCACACCUGUUAAUUGAAAUGCAUUCCAGGUGACUACCUCAUGAAGCUGUCAUCAAGGCAAAGGGUGGCUACUUUGAAGAAUCUGAAAUAUAAAAUAUAUAUUUUGAUUUGUUUAACACUUUUUUGGUUACUACAUGAUUCCAUGUGUUAUUUCAUAGUUUUGAUGUCUUCACUAUUAUUCUACAAUGUAGAAAAUAAUAAAAAUUAAGAAAAACCCUGGAAUGAGUAGGUGUGUCAACUUUUGACUGGUACAGUAUAUAUAUAACUGUAAACAGGGAUGCAAACUCAGACAGCACAUUUAAUAUAUAUAUAUAUAUAUAUAUAUAUAUAUAUAUAUAUAUAUAUUAAAUGUGCUGUCUGAGUUUGCAUCCCUGUUUACAGUUCUCAUGUCAGUGUUUCUGUUCAAAGUAACCUUUUUUGCCCUGAAAAGGCUUUAGUAAUGUACUCUGAAUGCCCUUUGACAAAAUCAGUGAUAAAAAUAAAGAAAUUAAGCUUAAAGUUUUUCGGAUUUUACAUGAAUGAAUAAAGUUUUUUUCCGAUAUGUGGCUGGCUAACGCACCAUACACCUCGUAGUAGGCUUUCCUUUCCUGGUACUAUCAUGGUUCAAAACACUUUGGUUCAUACUAAAAACUAGUUUUUACAUUUUUGCUUAGUCUCAAAGAUAUAGCGGAUGGAAAACUCACUAGAGCGCUAAUGCUAAGGCUAUCUUGGUGUGUAAGACUGCAGGAGGGCUCUCUGUGCCACAGCAUGGGGGGUGGAAGAAUGCUGAUUAUAUUUUACCCUGGAAAGUGGAAUUCAAAUUCUGUAGAUGUUUUGCAUUUAAAACAACAAAAACCUGAGUGCACAUGUACAUGCUUUAUAAACCAAGUAAAGGUUUGCUUCUUCUUUCCUUUUUCACUCCUGCAACAUAGGUGUUAUUUCUCUCUCUCUCUCUCUCUCUCUCUCUCUGUGUCUGUACUAACCACUUUCUCUGCUCUUUUCUCCUACCCACCAGGCCUCCUGAGCCAGUUUACAGCACUGUGAACAAAGCACCUUCUCCCCGCCACUAUUCCCCCGUGGAGUGUGACAAAAGCCUCCUCCACUCCAUACCCUUCCCUCACUAUCACUUAGGCCUGCUCCCUGACUUCGAGAUCACC